GCUACGGGGCUUAACAACACUUCGCCAUCAACAGACGGUUUCUAAACGAAUAAAGCUCCGAGCAGCUGACAGAUCGGACUCCACAGUAAGUAGCUGCUCACAUCUGGUUUGCUCUUCAUUCUCUCUGGACGCCCCUCUGGUGCCGCCGCCUCCUCGCCUCCCCCCGGCCGAGGCGCACUUCUCCUCCACCGGGCCUCAUGUCUUGGAACCACGGACUGCCGUUUCUCCCGGGAUACACCUUCCUGGAUGUAACGAAGUCAGCCUUCCAUCGUCCCCAGACGCUGACGUACAGCAGAGGCUGUGCUCUGCCCACUCGCCCAACCGUCGGGAUCGGACAGGAUCCUCUUUUAUCUGAACAGCUGAUCCAGCAGGAGCUCAGUGAGUUGUCUUUUGAGACACCAGACGUUACUUAUGGCUCCUUUGACCGGGGCCUAGUCCAAGACUUCAUCCCAGCCCACGUGGCCCUUGACAAAAAGGUGCUGCGCUACUAUGCAUACUUCCAGGAAAAUAUCCUGUUCUCCCCGGAAGAGGAGUCGCACGUGCGUCCCGUGGUCAUCUACUACUACCUCGAGGAUGACAGCAUGUGCAUCAUUGAGCCCGUAGUGGAGAAUUCUGGAUUACCUCAGGGGAAACGGAUCAAACGGCAGCGGCUGCCCAAGAACGAACGUGGAGAGCACUACCAUUGGAAAGACCUCAAUAUCGGCGCGGACCUGGAGGCGUACGGGGUCACCUACCACAUCACGCAGUGCGACGCUUUUACCGAGGAAUUCCUGGAAAGCGAGGGCAUUGUUCUGAACGAGCCUGAACCGAUGCCUGUGGAUCCGCGCAGCGAGCGGCGCAAAACCCCCCGGCCUUCCUUCACUACUGCCGCAGGAGCCGACAAAAUGCACCAGUUUCUGACGAUGGAUCGUAAGGUGCUGCGUUUCUUUGCCCUGUGGGAGGACGCUGAUCCGAACGGGGAGACCACGCCCGUUACCAUCCAGUAUCACCUGGUGGACGACACGGUGGAGAUCAACGAGGUCUACGAACGCAACUGCGGCCGGUUUCCCUUCCCUGCCCUGAUGCACAGACUGAAGUUGCCCAAGAUAACCGAAGCGUCUGGGACCUUUCCCAGCUGCGUGCUGGAGGUUUCAGCAGCCGAGGUACAGGAGUACUACUCCCCCAAAGACUUCCGGGUGGGACAGCCGAUAACGCUGCUCGGCCGUCGCUUCCUACUUUAUGACUGUGACGGUUUCACUAAAGAGUAUUACCAGAAGAAUCACCCGGACCUGGAGAUGAAACCCUUCGAGGUGCCGAAGAAAAAGGACCCGCUUCGGGGGAGGAGGAAGGAGGCUCCGCCCUACAACGGUUUUGGGUCACCUGAGGACUCGCUUCAGAAUUGUUUUUCAUUAAUUCCUACGCCUCCCAAAAAGAACGUGUUAAAAAUGCUGGAAAACGAACACAAAGUUCUGUGCUACAGGGCCAGGCUGGACUCCCCGAACCCCGGCGAUGAGAAUCGACAUUUCAUUCUGUCCUACUUCCUGUCCGAUGACGUGAUAAGUAUUUUUGAAAAGCCCACUCGCGGGAUCAUUGGUGGAAAGUUCCUGAAAAAGAUGCGCAUCCCCAAGCCGGGUUCCACAGUGGACGAUCCGGAGUUCUACUCACCUGCAGACUUUGCAAUUGGAGCGACUGUGGAGGUUUUCGGCCACCGCUUUGUGUUGACUGAAGCCGACCACAACGUGCUCAAGUACCUGGAGUCCAACGCGAGCCGGAUCCCUCUUCAGACACUCGAUUCUCUGCGCCAGACGCUGGGCGUGGAGACGGCAAAUAGCCAGCUGACCACGAUGGUGAGAGUCGGGUCAGCCAAUUCAAAUCCUUUUGAGCGUUUCUAAAAUUCUACUCACGCAAACAUGACGUACGCCCUUCACAGGCUGAUGAUGUGGCAGCAGAGCCGUCUUCCUGAUGUCGAGGAAGGUUGCAUUGCUUUGAGAGUUCUCUCCCCAAUAGUACAGACCACAAGGAGGGAGGAAAGCCUUUGCUGACUGUUUCUGAACAUAAUAAAACGAUUUCCUGAUAAGCCGA